UUGAAGAGGCAGCAAAGAACGAGAUGUGCAACGCCACUCCACCCUCCUCUCCUCCCCCUUUCCCUUCGCUUACCAAAUCUCAUCUUUUGAACAGCACUCCUGAUGAUCUCCAUCGCCCUCCGAGUGUUUCUGAGUUAGCGGAGGAGGUGCACGCGAUCGGUAAGAUAUCGGUGCCUGCCGCCGCUACCGGGCUCAUGCUUUACUCACGCGCUAUGAUCUCGAUGCUCUUCCUCGGGCACCUCGGCGAGCUGGAACUGGCCGCCGGUUCGUUGGCGAUCGGGUUCGCCAACAUCACCGGCUACUCGGUGCUGUCCGGGCUAGCGAUGGGUAUGGACCCCAUCUGCGCGCAGGCCUUCGGCGCCAACCACCUCAAACUCCUUGGUCUCACCCUGCAGCGCGCCACUCUGCUGCUACUUUCUGCCUCCCUUCCCAUCUCCCUCCUGUGGCUCAACGCCCGAGCCAUCUUGCUCCGCUGCGGCCAGGACGAGCAAAUCUCCUCCGCUGCCCACGUCUUCAUCACCGCCGCCACGCCCGACCUCCUCCUCCUCUCCUUUCUUCAUCCGCUCCGCGUCUUCCUCCGUGCGCAGAACAUCACCCUGCCCGUCACCUACUGCUCCUUCUUCUGCGUCACUCUACACGGUCCGCUGACUUACCUUCUGGUGGUGCGCCUUCGCCUCGGCAUCGCCGGCGUGGCUGCUGCCAUGAUCUGGACCAACCUCAACCUCCUCGUCUGUCUGUUACUCUUCCUGUUCUGCUCCGGCGCGUGCCGAGACACCUGGCCCGGCGGCCCCUCCGCCGACUGCCUUCGUGGAUGGCCAGCGCUUCUCCGACUUGCUGCGCCGUCGUGCGUGUCGGUCUGCCUCGAGUGGUGGUGGUAUGAGCUCAUGAUCCUCCUCAGCGGCCUCUUCGCGCACCCCCGCGCCGCCGUCGCCUCGAUGGGCAUCCUCAUCCAGACCACCUCCCUUGUGUACGUCUUCCCCUCCGCGCUCAGCUUCGGCGUCUCCACCCGCAUCGGAAACGUGCUCGGUGCUAACCGCCCUGACAAGGCCCGCGCUGCGGCAGUGGUGGGGCUCGCCUGCGCUGUCGCGCUCGGCCUCGCGGCUACCGCUUUCACGGCGUCGAUGAGGCACCAGUGGGGGCGGCUGUUCACCCUCGACGAGGAGACACUGAAACUCACGGCCCUCACGCUUCCCAUCGCCGGACUCUGCGAGCUCGGGAACUGCCCGCAAACGGUGGGCUGCGGCGUGCUUCGAGGGAGCGCGCGACCUGCCACCGGUGCCAAUAUCAACCUAGGUUCCUUCUACCUGGUGGGGAUGCCCGUCGCCGUGCUUCUUGGCUUCAUCGGAAAGAUGGGUUUGCCGGGCCUGUGGGUGGGACUCCUCGCGGCGCAGGCCUCGUGCGCAGCUCUCAUGGCCUUGACCCUCGCUAGAACGGAUUGGGUGGCGGAGGCAGAGCGAGCCAGAGAAUUGACCAAUUACUCUACUUCUCCUUCGACCAUUCCAAUUUCUGUUCCUGAUUCUAACCACAUACUUGAUAACACAACGGCUCUGUCUCCUAAUUCCAUAGAAGCAGAGAAGAAACCGACAACUCUACAAGACGUCUUAUACAUGAUUCAUAAUGAUGUGAAGACGGCAACUAGUGACUCAGAAACAGCUCCUCUCGUCCUCUCUAUCGAUUGAACUGAGUUCAUUAAAAAAAAAAAAAAAAACUCCCUUUGGUUUUAUAGUCAGGAUUUUGCUAGUGAAUAAUCCCACUGAUUCCUCUGUUUUUCUAAAAAUAUCUUCUUUUUUCCCUUUGAUUAACGAACUGAAAAUGCAACUAAAAGUAAUGAGAGGAAGAACAGAGACAGCGACCACAAAAAGUUGCAACUUUUCACGUUGAAUGCUUACUUCCCGUGCUGUUCACAAACCCGAAAGUAGUGCUGCAGUCACUUUCGGCAUUUGUACUUGGCCAUAGUGUCUUUAACAAGCUUCCUACAUCAUCCUGUCUACAGAUGCUUCUCCGCCUUAAAAAUUUAGCUGCAAUUUCAACAAAAUGUGCUUGUGUGUUGUUGCUUCACUCGGUGUGUAACAUACUUAGGCUUGAACGCUCCACUUUUGCUUUCUAACAUUGAACAUUCUGUGGCCCUGGUUUCCUUCAACAAGAAAUAUCU